ACAAUUCGCAAUGGCACUGCUGGAGUAUGAAUCGCAGAUGUUUGCUGAAAUUGUAGCUGAAGAUGGUUUCCUUAUUGCAGCCAAGGGUUUGGGAUUGGAUAAUGUUAUCAUCAAACUGCUUGAAUUAUACAACGAUCCAGGGACAUUGGUAUUAGUGCUGAACAUGACACCUUCAGAAGAGACAUAUUUCAUUGAGGAAUUGGAAAUGACUGAUGCUGCCAAGCAUCGUCUGCCAGUUCUAUUGACAAAUGAAUUUACAUCUAAAGAAAGGUUAGUCCGUGAUACAAUAAUGACUCUGCGAGCAAAAACUGUUGCUGAGGGCGCAAUCAACAUAUUGGUUGGAAUGCAGCAGAGAACACAGCCACACGACGUGCGCAAUUUGAAAUAA